AAGAAGAAAGAAGAAGAAGAAAACGGAAAAAGAUCUGCCUUUUAAUGCUCCCCCGCCUCAUAUCUGCAAGCUGACUCGAUCUUCUAGGACAGUUCUGAUGUGGAAUUUUGAAUAAUUUCAUUGCUGCUGUUUGAGGAAGUCAAUGAAGAGAUUCUUGAUGAGUGUGGUAUUAUAAUCUGUUGGCAUUGAUUUAGUGGAAUCAAAAGACUGAUAGAUAUAUUUAGAGUCUGUAUAUGUGGGGUUUGUGGCAAUGACUGCUAAUGGCCACGAUUAUGGUGCCCUUGUGGACCGAAAGAAGGGGAGAUACCAAUGCAAUUAUUGCGGCAAACUUAUCACUGGCCACACUCGUCUCAAGUAUCACUUGGGAGGUAUCCGCGGAGAUGUCACUCCUUGUCCAGAGGUCCCUGAAGGAGUGAAAGAGACACUGAGAGACGAGUUGCUCGAGAAGAAAUUCGUAAAGGCAAGGAAGGAUUUUGGGGAGCUUAGCCUUCCAAACCUGCCUUUGAAGAGGCAGCGACAUGAGCUUGAUAAACAAGAUGUUGUCCAAAGUUCCAGAAACGGAAGAUCCGUUAAACCAAAAUCCGAAAUGGGGUCUCUGUUUGAAAACAACUUUAAAGCUGCUGCUGCUCCAGUCUUUCCUGAUGAUGGACAAGUCGAGUCACUGUUAGGCGAAGCCCAGAAAUGUAUUGGGAGGUUCUUUUAUGAAACGGGAGUUAACUUUGAGAUGUCAGAAUCGCCUAGCUUCCUUAACAUGAUAAGAUCCAUCAACAGAACUGUGAGGAUCCCCACUUGUCAACAACUGAAAGGGCAGGUCCUACAGGAUGCAGUGAAUGAGAUGCAAGAAUACACAUCUGAUAUCAAGAGUGUAUGGGCAGCUACUGGGUGCAGCAUCUUGUUAGAUGGGUGGGUGGAUUCAAAUGGCCGGAAGCUUCUUAAUAUCUUGAUAGAUUGCGCGAAGGGUACUAUAUAUCAUCAGUGCUCUGAUAUUUCCUCAAUUGAUGAUGAUGUGGCUGAGAUGGAAGCAUAUUUGGGUGGUGUUAUUGAGGAAGUUGGGGUUGACAAUGUGGUUCAAAUCGUCACAUACUCAUCUUCGUCUUUCAUGGAGGAGGUAGGGAAAAGGAUAAAUGAUAAAUACAAGACAGUCUUCUGGACAGUGAGUGCAUCUCAUUGUAUAGAACUCAUGCUUAGGAAACUCGAAACCAUGAAAGACCUCAAGGAGAUCUUGGGAAAAGCGAAAACCAUCACAGAGUUUGUUUACAACAACGAGAGUGUCCUAAAACUUGUGAAGGAUUUCUGCUCAAUAGAUGACCUUGUUGAGCCUUCCAAGAUAAGGUCAAUAGUGCCGUUCCUUACCCUUGAGAACAUGGUUAUGGAGGAAGAAAACUUGCAAAGGGUAUUUCUCUCGUCCGACUGGAAGACCCUAGACUGUGCCAAAACCAGUGAAGGCCAAAUGGUUGCUGAGCUGGUGGGAGAUAAGGCUUUCUGGGAUGGGGCGUUGGUGGUUUUAAAGGCCAUUAUCCCCCUUGUGAAGGUUCUGAAGUUGAUAAACAACAGCAAUAAGCCCUUAAAUGGUUAUAUAUAUGACACCAUAGACCAAGCCAAAGAGACGAUAAGAUCACAGUUCCAGAACAAGAAAUCCCAAUAUAUGAGAUUCUGGGAAGCGAUAGAUGAGAUAUGGAACAAGUACCUUCAUAGCCCACUCCAUGCUGCGGGGUACUUUCUGAAUCCUAGCAUUUUCUAUUCCAGUGAUUUCUUUGCCGAUGCAGAAGUUUCAUGUGGCCUUUGUUGCUGCAUUGUCCGUAUGACCGGAAAUCUGAGCGCUCAGGAUUUGAUCAUGCAGCAGAUUGAGGAGUACCGGAUGAGCAAGGGCCUUUUGGGCAUAGGCAGUGGUGAGGCCCGGCUGCGAAAUACCCAUCCAGCACUUUGGUGGUCAGAGUAUGGAACACAAUGCCCGGAAUUACAAAAGCUGGCUGUCCGGAUUCUGAGUCAGACAUGUGAGGGCGCUUCAAAAUAUAACCUGAAGAGGACACUGGCAGAAGCCUUACUCACAGAAGGAAGAAAUGAGACUGAACAAGCAAAGCUGAGGGAUUUGGCGUUUGUUCAUUACAACAUGCAGUUGCAAAGUUUUAGGGAACACGCGAGCAGCGAGUUGCCCGAUGAGGAGACGGGUCCCGCGGAUGAUGAUUGGUCAGUGGUGGGAAAACGGCCUCCUACUAGUACAGUGAUUGAGAACUGUGAGGCGCAGGACUCGGAUUCUGAAGAUGAUAAUGAACCCCAUCUUUAGGGUCCCCUCAGGACUGGCCACACAUUAAGUGGGAAGAGGUAAAUUGAACUAAAAUCAACUCGGGACUCUGGAGAUUCUACCUGUAAUGUAACAUGGCAUAGCAGUAGAUUAUGCAAAUGCAACUGACUCUCUAUUUUGAAUGUAGUGGUUUGAUCCUCCAUAUAUAUUUAGUUGGAGCCUUUAAGGUGGUGUUUUGUAGUGGU